GACAUUUUCGGAUUCGCUGGCUGUGAUGUAAACAAAACCAUGAAUUAAUUAAUGGACAUUCCGGAAUAUUUAAAAAUAAAUAAUAAAAUUAGUAAAAAAUAAUGGACGUGACCACUUUAUUUAAGGCCUGCGUGAAUACGGUGAAAACUAAAAACCGGAACAUGGGCCUAGUCGAACAAAAAAGUCAACUUUUAAAGGCAAGAAACCGCGAUCCUCAUCUUGUUAAACCCAAAGAGAUCCUGAAGCAUAUUAGUGAAUUAGAGCAAUUCUUGCUUAAAAACAAAGCCGCUUAUCUAAAUGUAAUAAAUUAUUUAUCAACCAAUAAAACCAUGAACGAAUUAGACAGGGAACAAGUCGAUCAUAUAGCAGAAAGUAUAGUGUCAAGCUGUUCGACCCUCAUCAGCGAGUACAAGCAAGAAAUCAACACUUUAAGUAUAAAAUCAAGACAGUUACAGGAACAUUAUGAGAACGUAUUACAUUCGCUACAAACUCACCUCAAAGAUGUUUCCAAAAUCUAUACCGAGGCAAAGGCGGUGAGGGUCAAAAGGGUGAUAGAUACACACAAACUUUCAAAACUGGAAACACAGCCCAAACCGCAAGAUGAGGGUAUGCAAAAAGGAAUUUCAAAAGAUGGCUCAGGGGAUUUUGAACUUAGGAGUCCUUCCCAAUGCCCACUGCCAGAAAAGUAUGAAAAUGAGUUAAGUGCAGAAGAUAUGCAGAUGUUUGAAGAAGAAAAUGAGCUGCUUUAUAAUGAGUUAAAUAGUAUUUCUGAUGAGGUAAAACAAAUGGAAAGCAAAGUGGUUCACAUAUCCGAACUGCAAGAAUUAUUUACGGAAAAAGUUCUGCAACAGGAAAAAGAAAUCGAAAGAAUCGCCGAGACUGUGGUGGGAGCCACAGAAAACGUGCGAGACGCCAACGACCAGAUUAGACAGGCCAUACAACGUAAUGCCGGCUUAAGGGUGUGGAUUCUCUUCUUCCUUUUGGUUAUGUCCUUUAGUCUUUUAUUUCUAGAUUGGUAUAAUGAUUAAUUAAAUGCUCCUUACGAUGUCAAACUGGCUUGUUGAUUUAUAUCAUUGACAGCUAGGUAAUAAUAAAUAUAACUGGCUUGACGAGUCCAUGACUGGAAUUAUCAGUUUUAUUUCAACAUUCCUUGUACCAGUGAAUUAUUAUUUAUUCUUAUCUGUUUUUAUAUGGUUAUGGUUAAUUGAAAAACAUAAAAUUGAAAGCAUUACUUUAUUUAUUAGUAUUAAAUUAUAAUAUGUAUAUAUGCCUUGUUAAAUAUUUUAUAAAUAAAAUUAUUAUUACAGAAACCA